AUGUUCGAUUUGCCGGAUGCCAAGAGAGUGAGACGCGAGGAUAUCAAUGAGUCACUCGGGUCGGGCUGGCUCAACAGCAGUGACGACGAGGGCAUCGAUGGAGAGCUGCACGCGCAAAUUGGAGAAGCGCUGGGCCUGAAUUUGGGCAUCUUGUCGCCACCAAGCCCUUCCCCCAAGGAGAUUCGCGCCAAGAACGAGGCGUUCAACUCUCGACCAUCGGGCGACGCUCAAGCUCGAGGCGAGACCGUUGCUGAAGAAAGCCAAGAUGAGGAUCUGGGUGAAUUCGAGUUUCGGCUCUUUAGCACGGCGGGAUCCAAGGCCAGGGUUGUGCUACAAUCGGAGAACGAGGCGCAGGGCGAAGGCAGUAUCGUGGCAAGACGGCCGUCGUCAUACUACCUUGUCCCGAGACUCCCCACAGAGCUGAGGCGGCAGUAUAAGUUUGCGGCGCUAAGCGGCGAGGACGUGCUGGCGCGGUCCCAGCAGAGGUCAUGGGGCCUCGAGCUGCCUUGGAAGGUGACACACAUCACCGCCGCCGCCACCGCCUCCUCUCCGAAUGCGAAAUCGACUUCCGCAACAGGCGCGGUGGCGGAGAGCAGCGAGUCGGCCGGGAGAAAGCGGCCGGGGAAGAAGACGCGGAUCGCGCUGCGGAAGAGGGACCGGGCGAGGAAGCUGACGGAGGAGAAGCAGAUGGAUAAGGAGGAGCACCUCAAGGAUAAGAAGAAGAGGCUGAAUAGGGCGAAGAAGCUGAGGAGGAGGGCCAAGGAUAAGGAGAAGAAGGCGUCGGCGGAUGGGGGCGGCGCGGAGGGGAGUGAGUCGGACGACUCUGAAUGA